AUGUCGCACCGUGGCGUACGGGCGACCGAGUUCGAAGAAAGGGACUACUAUGCCGCGCCUCGUCGGUCGAACCCGCGCUUCGAUGAUGCGGACACGCGACCUGCCAGGGUGGUGACGAGGAGCCCUCCCCGCCGGGAAGAGGAGCUGGACAUACGUUUUCGCGAAAGAGAAUCAGAUCGCGCACCUUCGUUUCUAAGAGAGGGUGCUAGACGAUCUGAGGCAGGACCAAUGGUCCUUCGUCAGCGAGACGUGGAAACCUGGGAUGUACACCAGCGGAGUCCUAGUCCGCCUCGCAUUCGUGAGCAGCGGAUGGUCCGCAGGCCAAGGAGUCUAUCGCCACCGUCUUUUCACGAACAUGAGAGCGAGCGUUCCAGGACGAGGGUGGUAGAGAGGGAAACUGAGAGGGUAAGAUCUCCGUCUAGGAGGAGGAGGAGCCCUAGCCCGGCGGUGAGGUUCGUAGAGCGAAGGAGGAGCCCGAGUCCUGUGAGAGAGCACAUUCAUACGAGGAUCAUAGAGCGAGAGAAGGAGAGGGAGCCGAGUCCUAGUCCUAGUCCGCCGCCUGUGAUACGGGGUCCCGUUAUUGAAAGGGAGGUUAUCACGCAUUACACUGAUGUGGACCAUGGUGUCAUUCGGGCAAAAGCUCCGUCACCACCACGACACUCCCACCGCGAACGCGAAACAGACAUUGACAUAUCUGUCUCAAAGAACAAGACGGAAGUGGACGUUGAUGUACGUCGCUCUGCUAGCCGUCAUCGAAGCCGUAGUCGCAGCCAUGAGCGCCGCUCCCACUUUCACGACGACGAGAUCCUUCUACGCAGGGGUAUGAGCAGCCUCCGCGUCGAGGACCACCGCCAUCGGCGCUCUCACUCUGCCGCGCCGAUUUCUCCACCUGUCGACGAAGAAGCCGACUACAUCACUGGCAAAAUCGACUCACGAGGCCGUAUGGGCGAGGCAUACCACGGACACACACGAGACUGGACUAUCGUGGAUGUGCCCCCCGGUACAGAGAGAGUGCGCAUGGACGGCGUAGGCGGUGGCAGCACAGAAACAAGUUGGACCAAGUACAGCGGCGUCCGGCGGACAAAGUUCGUCCCCGAACGGGACGGCCAGCUCGUCACCGUGCCGAGAGAGCCAUCUCCCCGGCCGGUAGUUCUCCCAGCGGGAAGAGAGCACACCAGCGUCACGGUGUAUGACCACGACCGCGAAAUAGACGUAGAUGUCGAUAUUGACAGACGACCGAAGCGUCCGCCGACGAGGGAGCUCUGGACGGAGAUUACCAAGGAUUUGGUGUGUAGAGAGGCGAUUGAGCAGAUGGGCUAUCAGUACGAGGAGACAAAGAUGGCGUUUUACAUUAUGGAUUAUUUGCAGAAUGAGGAAGUAUACCAUUUGACCAUCUUGACGGACCGUAUAAGGCGGUACAGGAGGCGCUGUAGGGAAAUUGAGUGGGAGCGCAGCCAUAGGGAUGAUUAUUAUCAUAGGGGGAAGAGACAUCAUCGGCGGCCGCAUGGGUAUGAGUAUGAGUGGGAUGAUGAGCGUGUUAGGGAGCGGGAGGUGAUUUAUGAUAGUCGUGGGCCGGCGAGAGGGUAUUAUCGAUAG